AUGAGUGACGCUCAGGCAAGCGAGGCCGAGAAGAACAUUGAGAUAUGGAAGGUGAAGAAGCUCAUCAAGCGCCUUGAGGCCGCGCGUGGUAAUGGCACCUCCAUGAUUUCCCUCAUUAUUCCUCCCAAGGAUCAAGUGUCGAGAGCAGCCAAGAUGUUGGCUGAAGAAUACGGUACCGCCUCCAACAUCAAAUCUCGAGUCAACAGACAAUCCGUCCUCUCGGCCAUUACCUCGACCCAGCAGAGACUCAAGCUUUACAACAAGGUCCCUCCUAACGGACUUGUCGUCUACUGUGGUGAAAUCUUGACCUCGGAAGGAAAGGAGCGAAAGGUCAACAUCGACUUCGAGCCCUUCAAGCCUAUCAACACCUCUCUAUAUCUUUGCGACAACAAAUUCCAUACCGAGGCCUUGGCUGAGCUGCUAGAGUCCGACCAGAAGUUCGGUUUCAUUAUCAUGGAUGGUAACGGAGCCCUUUUCGGUACCCUCAGCGGUAACACAAGAGAUAUUGUGCACAAGUUCUCCGUCGACCUUCCCAAGAAGCAUGGUCGUGGUGGUCAAUCCGCCCUGCGUUUCGCCCGUCUUCGUGAGGAGAAGAGACACAACUAUGUUCGAAAGGUCGCCGAGUUGGCCGUGCAGAACUUCAUCACCAACGACAAGGCCAAUGUCGCCGGUAUCAUCCUCGCCGGUUCUGCCGACUUCAAGACCGAUCUGAACUCCUCCGAUCUGUUCGACAACCGUCUGGCCACCAAGGUCAUCAAGGUUGUAGAUGUCUCCUACGGUGGUGAGAACGGCUUCAACCAAGCCAUCGAGUUGUCUUCUGAGACGCUUGGCAACGUCAAGUUCAUCCAGGAGAAGAAGCUCAUCGGGAAAUACUUCGAGGAAAUCAGCCAGGAUACCGGCAAGGUUUGCUACGGUAUCGACGAUACCCUCAAGGCUUUGGAGCUUGGUGCCGUCGAAACCUUGAUUGUCUUCGAGAACUUGGAGAUCACUCGCUGGGUCCUGAAGGACAGCAACGGUGCCGAAAUUCAGCUCCACACCACCAAGCAGCAGGAGCAGGAUCGCUCCAGAUUCAUGGACAAGGAGACCAACCAGGAGAUGGAGGUUGUGGCCCAAGAUUCUUUCAUCGAAUGGAUCGCUGAGCACUACAAGGACUUUGGAACCAACCUUGAGUUCGUCUCCGAUCGUUCCACUGAGGGUAACCAAUUCGUAAAGGGUUUUGGUGGUAUCGGCGGUAUUCUUCGAUACAAGGUUAACUUCGAACAACUGGCCGAGGUGGAUGAGGAUGAUGAUGACUACUACGACGAUUGA